AUGACAACGAAGAUUCCUUCGUCUGGAGAGGAGGCCAGGAAAUCUGCAAAAUCUUCCAAGCAUAGCCACGAGGAUAUGGAACCGUCUCCCUGGUACAAGGAUGAACCGACCGAGAAGAAGCACGAAAGAGCGAAGGAAGACGAAGAGAAACAAAAACACUUGGAACGGAAUAUGAUUGAUAAGAAAAAGGAAGCCUUCGAGAAGGACGAAUGGCCGGGCAGUAUUGAAUCGUCCGAGAUAUCGUUGAUUGAAAAGCUGCUAGCUAAGCUGGCCAAGCAGAAAACGACGGAAGUUGAAGGUAAACCGAAAAAAGACGAUCAUGAGCUGGAAAAGGAGUGGGCUGCUUAUGAGAAGUUUAAAUCCGUCAGUAAGGCUACUUCCAGUCCGAAGUACGCUGAAUCCGAUCCUAAGCUUCCCAAAACCAGCAAGUUAGAUGAGAGUGACGCUUCUGCGAAGUCUGCGAAGCCCGACGAUCAUCACAAGCCUGAAGAGCAACGGAAACACAAAGCAAUGGAGUGGCCUGGAGACUUUGCAAGGAAUUCCGACGAGUAUAUCCUGCAGUCGGUGCACACUGACAAACAUGGCGACAAGUAUGAAGAAAAGCAUGCCGACGCGCCCUGGCCACACGGUUUUUCGAAGCUGUUCCAAUCCGAACAACCGUCUAUGAAGCUGAUCCUGCAACACAAACCGCUCCAAUUCGCCUUUAAAAAGUUGAAAGAUCGCUUCAAACCAAUCGUCAUCGUCGUAAAUAAGGCCCUCGCCAAGAUGUUCGCCGUCGACGUGGAUGGGGAGCACACACUCGCGACACCAGCGCCUACUACUACCAGCACCAUGGCAACGACUACUACACCCGAGGCGCCAGAGAAAGACAGCCACCUGUCAAAACAGCGCUCGGACAAAGCGGCUCACAGACGGCGCGUUCUCAUCGCGGCUCGCUGGUGCUGCCGGUCGGUGGACGGACGGGGCAAUUUCGUGCGGCAUGAUGACGCGCUGCCAAAGGCGUGCAGCUGGACCGGUGCGGUACUGGAAGUAUCGCAGGAGAAGCGCUCCGAUGAGCUGCAGUGCCGGAUCAAGACGAUCACGAAGACGGAGAGUCUGCUAGCUAACAUAAGUAGUUAUCAAAUUGAUAGGAUUAAGUCGCUCCGGCUCGAGUGCAACGACAUACUGUUCUUCGAGAGUUCCUUAGAGUCGACGACGACGCCCGGGAACUUCCUUGGCAACCUGCACGGGCUGGUGCGGUUGUCGAUCGAGUACUGCAAGAUCAAGUACAUCCCGGCGCACGCGUUCGCCACGAUGAAGGUGCUGCGGAGUCUCGCCCUCAGCACGCACAACGUCGACUGGUCGGUGAUGAAUCUCGAGCUACAUCCGGACAGCUUCCGGGGGCUGGUGGAGUUGCGCGAGAUGCACCUGGCGGACAACAACAUCUGGAGCCUGCCGGGGGAGGUGUUCUGUCCGUUGCAUAAGCUGCGCGUGCUCAACCUGACCGGCAAUCGGUUGAGUGAUCUGACGCAGCUGAUGCUGUCGGAUUGGGGGAAUGGCCCGACGGAACCGGGACGCGCGUGCAACACCGGGCUGGAGGUGUUGGAUCUGUCCGGGAACGAUCUGACGCUGUUGCCGGAUAACGGGUUGACGGCUUUGCGAUCGCUGAAUGCGCUGCAUCUUGCGAGGAAUCGGUUGAAGGAGAUCGCUGAUCGAGCGUUCGUGGGGCUUGGCACGCUAGAGGUGUUGGACCUGUCGGAUAACAGACUCACGGCGUUGACACCCGAGUUGUUCGUAUCAUCGCGCAAGAUCCGCCAAGUGUACCUUCAGAACAACUCCCUGUCGGUGUUAGCUCCGGGUGUGUUUGAAGGACUCGAUCGACUGGAAACACUCGAUCUUUCGCGCAAUCAACUAACAUCGACGUGGGUGAAACGGGACACCUUCGCCGGACAGGUCCGGUUGAUCGUGCUCAGCCUCGGACACAACCAGCUGGCGAAGGUUGAUCAGCACGUGUUCCGGGGGUUGUACAGCUUGCAGGUGUUAAACCUCGAGCAUAACGCGAUCGAGCUGCUAGCGGAUGGAGCGUUUAGUGAUCUAAAGAACCUGCACGCACUCUACCUUUCGCACAAUCGAUUGCGGCAGAUUGAACCGUACCACUUCAGCGAACUGUACGUGCUGAAUCAGCUGAACCUGGAGUCGAACCAGCUGGCGUACAUCCACGAGCGAGCGUUCGAGAACCUAACGCACCUGCACGAUCUCAGCCUGAACGAUAACCGGCUGGAGGAGAUCCCGGCGGGUAUGAAAAGCCUCAAGUUCCUGCAGUCGCUUGAUCUCGGCAAGAACCGGAUCGCGGAGAUCAACAACGCGUCGUUCGAGGGACUCGAGGAGUUGAUGGGGUUGCGCUUGGUCGACAACCAAAUUUCGGAGAUCUCGCGGGAUACGUUCUUCGCGCUGUCGACGAUCCACGUGCUUAACCUCGCGUCGAAUCGCAUCCGGCACAUCGAUCAGUCCGCGUUCAGCUCAAACCCAACGCUGCGUGCGAUCCGGCUGGACGCGAACGAGCUGGAGGACGUUUCGGGCGUGUUUACGUCGCUGUCCUCGCUGGUGUACCUCAACAUCUCGGACAACCGGAUCGGGUGGUUCGAUUACUCGCACUACCCGCAAUCGCUCGAGUGGCUCGACAUCCACAAGAACAACAUCAGCGAGCUGGGCAAUCGGUACGAUGUUGGAGCGUGGUUUCUGCUCAAGAUGCUGGACGUUUCGUACAACGCGCUCGAGCAGAUAAACGCCAGCUCGUUUCCGCGCAACAUCGAGACGAUCCUGGCGAACAACAACCGCAUCCGGACGAUCGCAGCGGAGACGUUCACGCGCAAGGAACACCUCGUGAAGGUGGUGCUGUACGGGAACCGGUUGCGGCACAUCGAGAUGGCGGCCCUCGCGCUUACACCGUGGCCGGAAACGCGCGUCCUGCCAGAGUUUUACCUCGGGGAUAAUCUCAUCCACUGCGACUGCACGAUGGAGUGGCUGCAGCGGAUCAACGAGCUCGCGUAUUUGAGGCAGUACCCGCAGGUGAAGGAUCUCGAGGCGGUCCAGUGCUCGAUGGAGCACGCACGUGGUGAACAGCGGCGUCCUCUAGCGGCGAUGCGUGCGUCCGAGUUUCUGUGCGCGUACGAAAGCCACUGCUUCGCGACGUGCCAUUGCUGCGAUUUUGAUGCGUGCGAUUGUAAGAUGGCGUGUCCGGAUCGGUGCCGGUGUUAUCACGACACCGCGUGGGAAUCGAACAUUGUCGAUUGUGGUGCCGCCGGGUUGUCGCUCGUCCCUGCGAAGAUCCCGAUGGACGCGACGGACAUCUAUCUCGAUGGGAACAGUCUCGGGGCGCUCGGGAGUCACGUGUUCAUUGGCAAGAAGAAGCUAAAGGCGCUGUACCUAAACGGGAGCCGCAUUGAAUCGCUCAACAACAAAACGUUCGCGGGCAUUCCCGCCCUCGAGGUGCUGCAUCUCGAGCAGAACGGGCUGGAAGCGCUGAGUGGGGCCGAAUUCGAGCAGUUGCGUGAACUGCGCGAACUGUACCUUCACGGGAACGCGCUCGAGGUGGUUGGGAAUCGUUCGUUUUACUACCAGAAAGCGCUCGAGGUGCUCACGCUCGAGGGCAACAAGCUGACGGAGGUACGCCCGUGGGAACUGCUUCCGGUGCCCGCCGGUGAUCCGGAUGCUGCGACUGGACCGUACCGGACGGUGGGGCUCGAAGGAAACACGCUCGAUUGUGGGUGUGAAACGAUGGCGAAACUGCUCGAGUGGCUUGAGCGCGUGUUUCGCAACGGUACAGGCGAGGAGGAUCCAAUGGCCCGGUUCCGGUGUGCGGGUGGAAAAUCCCUCCCCGAGGUUGUCCGGGAAUGUGAAGGUCAACGACCGGCCGUGGUUCCUGUGGCCACAGCAACCGUCCAGCGAACCGUUAUCGAUGACGAUUUCAUCGACUAUCUGCCACUGUUGAUUGCCGUCCUGGCAGGGCUCGUCCUUACGAUCAUGCUGGUGGCGCUGGUGUUGCUUUUCCGGCAGGAUGUUUGCCUGUGGGCUCACGCACGGUACGGUGUGCGGCUGUGUAAGGACCCGCUAAGUGCGCUCGAGCGCUGUGAGGAUGGCGAGAAGCUGUACGAUGGCUAUCUCGUGUAUAGUGCGGCCGAUGCCGACCUGGUCACUAGUCAAAUCGGCCAGGAACUCGAACACCACGGGUACGGUGUGUGUCUGCACUAUCGAGACGUGCACGCUGGAGUCCCUGGAGGUCCUGGAUUCCUUGGCGAUGCGAUGCAAUCAGCUGCCGAUGCAUCCCGGAAGCUGGUGCUGUUCGUAAGCGUAAAGUUCCUGCAACUCGAAUGGUCGCAACCCGAGUUCCGUGCGGCGUUACAGGCCGUUCUCGAGCUGAUACGGCCAUCACGCCGUAAACAGCGCCUCGUUUUGAUCACCUCCGUGCCGGGGUCAAUGUUGGCGAUGGAUCCGAUCAUGGAUAUCCUUGCGCGAACGUGCACCGUGAUAGCGUGGGAUGAUCGUCGGUUUUGGGAUCGUUUGCGGUUCGCCAUGCCCGAUCUCGGGCGGGAUGGAGCCACCCCAGCAAAAGCACCCCACCGGAAGAACAUCAACAUCCGGUAUACGCCGGCACCCACAAACAACCUCAUGGUGAUGCAUGGAGGCGGUUCCGGACCGACCGCAACCUGGCCCAAGCGGCUCAACUCCGAGGUUUCCAUCCAACAGCAGCAACAUUCGGCAGCUCACCAUCAACAACCGUAUCCGGUUCCGCAACCUCGAUCGGUGCAUGGGUCGGGUGGUCCACCACACAGUACUUACACGACGGAGGACGAAGAACCUUCAACGGCAGGAUCUUCACCGCAGUAUGAAGCACCAUCGCUUCCUGGAGGGCUUCAUUAUCACGCGGGUGGCGUUCAACAGUACCAACAGCAACAGCAGCAGCAGCAGCAGCAUUCCGGUGGCUCGGUGCAUCCCCAAACCAUGCCCUACCCACACCAUCAGCAUCACCAUCACAUGGCGCAUAAUCAUCAUCACAAUCAUCACCAUCAUCAUCACCAUCCGGUGCAUGGGUUCCACCAUGGGAACAACUUUAGCAGCACUAACACGCUGGGGCACGUUUAUUCCACCAUUCCGGAGCCGCAGUACAACCACCUCGCUGAUCAGCAGCAGCAACAGCAGCAGCAGCAACAGCAGCAAAUGCAACAGCAGCAGCAAGUGCAACAACUGCAGCAGCGUGCUCCAAGUGCCGCCUCGGACAGCAACAAUCGGCCGUAUUUCGUGUAGGAGACGGCGACCUGCCAUGUGAAGUUGUUUUAGUUUAGGUUCUUUUUUAUUUUAUUCUAUUUUUUUUUUGUACAAAAAAUGACCUCUCCCCCAAGGUUUAUGAAUUGUUGUGCUGCUGCUGCUGCUUGCGCCCAGCAACGGAAUCCUAUUUUACGAUUAAAGCAUUUACACGUCGUCGUUAUUCAAAAAAUGGUGUGCGCAAUGGCAAUGGCACACCCUUUUUCCUUCUUGCUACUACUAUUACCGGUUAGUCCUUUACUCUCGUAUCGCACGCGCGCGCGUUGCAUCGUAUGCUUAUGAUUCCUAUUACAACAAAU